AUGGUGGUGUGGCGGACGUUCACAUUCACGCUCGCGCUCGCCAUCGUCGUUGGUGUUUGGUUUGGCAUCGACAGCGUCAACAAACGGUACGCGAACAGUUCGGACUCACUGGAGGCGCUGCUCCCGGCGCUCACGCUCGCCGCCGUCAACGCCAUCGGGCCAACCGUCUUCUGGCGCAUGGCACGAACGGUGGAGCGGUACUCGCCACUGGCUGUGUUGAAGUUGACGCUGCUGCGCUCGUUUCUUCUCCGCAUCGUCAGCCUUUACGUCAUCCUCACCUCCCUCUUUGGCAUCAAUCUCAGCGACAUGCAGCUCGCGCAAGAGAGCUGUUGGGAGACACUCAUUGGGCAGGAGCUUUACCGCGUGCUCCUCGUCGACACGGGCUUUGCCUUUGUCACCGUCAUCCUGUAUGACACGCCUCGAUACCUGAUCUACGAGCACGGCCAGGGCUAUGCGAUGUUUGAUUUCAUCAACCGGAACUUGGGCCCACCUCAGUUCUUUCUCACCUCAAGCAUCCUCAGCGGCAUCUAUCGCCAGACCUUGAUAUGGCUGGGGACGUUCUACAGUCCCUUGCUUCCAUUCCUCGGCGCCAUUCUCAACACCAUCCUUGUUGUGGGCAAAUCUCUGGCCAUGUUUCGGGUCCAGCGCCCUUCCCAGUACGCAUUUGAUAUCCACAACUUCAAACAGCUGUACAUUGGGCUGCUGCUCUUGUCGGUGCUGCUGUCGCUGUCUCCGGUCGUCUACUCGCUGGCCAACUUGACGCCGAGCCCCUACUGCGGCCCUUUUAGGAACUACACUGACAUUUCGUCGGUGGUGACGGCGAUGAUUAGUGAUGCGCCCAAGCACCUACAAGAGGCGCUGUCUGUGCUAGGUCAACCUACCGUCGUCGUUCCCGUCGUCUUUGUUCUCCUGAUUGCCACGUACUACUUCUUCCGAAAAAGUCAACUGCAAGCCGCGCAGUUUGCACAAGCACAGCGGUUGGCGGCAGAUACCCACGAUGCAUUCAAGCUGGUCACCCGCCUGCAGCGAACACAACCAUCAUCAUCAUCAUCCCAGCAGGCACAACAAGCGCAACCGCCAUGA